AUGUGCAGUAGAGGCCAUUGGAGGCCUGCUGAGGAUAUGAAACUCCGCGAAUUAGUCGAACGAUAUGGACCUCAUAACUGGAAUGCCAUAGCUGAAAAGCUACAGGGAAGAUCAGGGAAAAGUUGUAGGCUGAGAUGGUUCAAUCAGUUGGAUCCAAGAAUAAACCGGAAUCCGUUCAGCGAAGAGGAAGAAGAGCGGCUUCUUGCUUGCCACCGGAUUCAUGGGAACCGAUGGGCUAUAAUUGCUAGGCAUUUUCCAGGACGAACUGAUAAUGCUGUGAAGAAUCACUGGCACGUUAUCAUGGCACGAAAAUGUAGAGAAAGGUCGAAAAUUUACGCGAAAAGAGCUAAUUCACAAGCACUGGAUUGUGAUCAAGAAUCCUCCUCUAAGCAUGACAAACAAAUGGGCUCUACUCCUUCAUUUGUAGACAGAUAUUCCAAGAGAUUUGAUUUCCCACAAAUAUAUAACCUGCAACCUAUCUAUUGGAAGGAGCUCCAUUCUGACACUCUUAUUCAUCAUCAUAUGGAGUUCGAUCAAGAUAAAAGUCAGGCAGUGGAAUUCUAUGAUUUUCUGCAAGUAAAUACAGAAUCGAACAAAAGUGAAGUGAUAGACCAUUCAAAGAAAGAUGAUGAUAUUGAAGUGGAGCAGAAGAAAAAUGGCGUACAAUUUAUAGAUUUCUUAUCAGUGGGAGGCUCUCUUCCUAAUUAA